CUAACUCCUCUCUAAUGUUCCUGCGGGGAUAAAAAACUCCAGCUCAGCGCCUCUUUCUCCUCCUCCUCCUCUCCUCCUCCUCCUCCUCCUCUCUGAGCGCUGUGUCAGAGGGGCGUCUCCCAGCCGAGAUUACAGUCAAAGCGCCCUAGUUUUAUUCUGCACACCGAGACAGGACUCUCUCAGCACCCGCAGUCACCCAGCCCAUAUCCCUGAGCGACAGACAGCAUGGUGUAUCAUCCCGAGUUUGAGAAGGCAGGCCAGCAGCCUGGACUGCAGGUGUGGAGGGUUGAGAACUUUGACUUGGUUCCUGUACCAGAGAACUUGUAUGGAGGGUUCUACACAGGCGACGCCUAUGUGGUCCUCAACACCAUCAAACAGCGCUCUGGGAACCUGCAGUACGAUCUGCACUUCUGGCUGGGUGACUACUGUACGCAGGAUGAAAGUGGAUCAGCUGCCAUAUUUACAGUGCAGCUGGAUGAUCACCUGGGUGGAAAACCCAUCCAAUACCGUGAAGUCCAGGGACACGAGUCUAAAACUUUCCUGGGCUACUUUAAGAAAGGUUUGCAGUACAUGAAAGGAGGAGUUGCAUCAGGGUUUAAGCAUGUUGUCACCAACGAGGUGGUGGUGCAGCGUGUGCUCCAGGUCAGAGGUCGCCGUACCAUACGAGCAACCGAGGUGCCGGUCAGCUGGGAGAGCUUUAACCAAGGUGACUGCUUCAUCCUGGACCUCGGGAAUGAGAUCUACCAGUGGUGUGGAUCCAAGAGCAAUCGCUUUGAGAAGCUGAAAGCUACUCAGCUUGCCAAGGCGAUCCGUGAUAACGAGCGUAGUGGGAGAGCCCGCCUGUACGUGUGUGAUGAAGGUGUGGAACGAGAUAAGAUGAUUGAGGUUCUAGGAGAAAAGCCAGACCUGCCUGAAGGAGCUGAUGAGGACCUCAAAGCAGACGCAUCCAACAGGAAACUGGCUAAACUGUACAAGGUUUCAGACACUAGCGGCACCAUGUCCAUGGCCUUGGUGGCUGAUGAGAACCCUUUUACUCAAAGUGCUUUGGAGUCCACGGAUUGCUUUAUUCUGGACCAUGGUUCAGAUGGCAAGAUCUUUGUCUGGAAAGGAAAGGACGCCAAUGUUGAGGAGCGCAAGGCAGCCAUGAAAGGAGCAGAUGGCUUCAUUAAGAAGAUGGGCUACGCGAAGCACACUCAGGUGCAGGUCCUCCCCGAGAUGGGCGAGACUCCACUGUUCAAGCAGUUCUUCAAGAACUGGCGUGAUGUGGACCAGACAGACGGCAUGGGCGUGGCGUACGUUUCCAACCACAUCGCCAAGAUUGAGAAGGUGCCAUUCGAUGCUGCCACGCUGCACGAUUCGCCUGCCAUGGCAGCACAGCACGGCAUGAUUGAUGACGGCAGUGGAGAGAAACAGAUCUGGCGUAUCGAAGGCUCUGACAAGGUUCCUGUUGACCCGUCCACUUACGGUCAGUUCUACGGCGGAGACAGUUACAUCAUCCUUUACAACUACAGACACGGCGGCAGACAGGGACACAUCAUCUAUAUUUGGCAAGGUCUGGACUCCUCACAGGAUGAAAUUGGAGCAUCUGCCAUCUUGGCCACGCAGCUGGAUGAUGAGCUCGGAGGAGGACCUGUGCAGGUGCGUGUGGUUCAGGGUAAGGAGCCAGCACACCUUAUGAGUCUGUUUGGUGGAAAGCCCAUGGUGGUGUAUCAGGGAGGCACAUCCAGGGAAGGAGGUCAGACCGAACCGGCACAAACUCGCCUGUUCCAAGUGCGCUCUAACUCAGCAGGAUGCACCCGGGCUGUGGAGGUUGAUGCUGUUUCUUCAAACCUGAACUCCAACGAUGUCUUUGUCUUGGUGACCCCAUCGGGCUGCUUCAUGUGGGUCGGCGUUGGUGCCAGCGACACUGAGAAACAGGGUGCACAGGAGCUGUGUGGCAUCCUUGGGGUCACUACGUCUGAGGUCGCAGAGGGUGGAGAGAGCGGUGACUUCUGGGCAGCUCUGGGAGGAAAGACGGCAUAUCGCACAUCCACCAGGCUGAAGGAUAAGAUGGACACUCACCCACCCAGACUGUUCGCUUGCUCCAACAAAACCGGACGCUUCAUCAUUGAAGAGGUGCCUGGGGAACUGACUCAGGAAGAUCUUGCCACAGAUGACGUCAUGAUCCUGGAUACCUGGGACCAGGUGUUUGUAUGGAUCGGUAAUGAGGCACAUGAGGAGGAAAAGACCGAGGCAAUGGCUUCAGCUGCCCGCUACAUUGAGACGGACCCAGCCAACCGAGACCGCCGUACUCCUAUUGUGAAAAUCAAGCAGGGCUUUGAGCCUCCUACGUUCACCGGCUGGUUCCUGGGCUGGGACCACGACUACUGGAGCAGCGACCCUCUGGACCGCGCAAUGGCUGAGCUGGAGAUUUGAACCCUGACCUUUAAACCCCCACUGCCUUAGUAGGGUUGCAGUUGGAGUUGCCCUUUGCCACUGAUUAACAUGUUUCCAUUGGAGUAUUUGGGACGUGCUGAGAGAUCAGUGUAAAAAGGCAACUUGUACACACCAAGCCUUGUCUGUAGUCAAAGUAAAGCCAUGCUUUAAUUUCCAAUUGCACUUUUUCUUACUGCGUUAAGUGUAGGCAUCACAUUUCUAACUGUAUUUAAGCAGCAGGUUGUUGGUUUUAUGGUAGAUCAUGCAAUCUGAGGUGGUAUUCCAGAAAUUUCUAUCCAAUAGUGCAGUUUCAGUGCUUCCGUAAAGACCAAAACAAAUCGGAUCAUAAUUUGAGAUGUUUUCUGAACCUUCUAGAAUGGAGGAACGGAGGAAAAAAAUCUCAAAUUAGGAAUCGCCAAGGAAUUAAGAAUGAUCAUGACUGUUUACUGAGGUUGGUUUUUGUUUUUUUUUCAGAAUACUGUCAUUCAUCAGAACAAAAACUGCCUCGACAAAUGCAAAAAUUCCUGAAAGUGGGUUUUAAUAAAACACAGCCUGGUUCUUCCUGUA